AUGUGGAUUCUUUACAAUAUACAAUGUCCUUCCCACCAGCCACAUGUGUUUGUCAAAUGUUUACAGAAUCUUCAUUAACUAAGAGCUUUGCUAGAUAACAGAAGCUGAAGCAUGGCAUCAAUGACUCUGAUAAGGGCAAGCGUACAACCAAUCUGCUUGACAACUGACAAGAGGCUGGGGUUUGAAGCAGACUGCAAAAAGAACACAAGAAAGUGAUUUGCAAAGAGCAUUCCAGUUUUUGCCUUCCAUCUCCUUUCCUCUGUCUGUAAUGAAACAAGACUUUUAAUCAGCUAAAAUACCCUUGUCCUCUUGUCUCUCCACCAGAAAGUAAAUAGAGAAGAAAUGCAUUAUUUUGGAGUAUUAGCUGCACUGUCUGUUUUCAACAUCAUUGCCUGUUUGACAAGAGGCAAGCCUUUGGAAGACUGGGACAAGUUAUCAGCUAUGGGAAAGUCUGAUGCACACUUUCAUGAUCCUGGGGAAGUGGAAGAUGAGACCCAUUUCGACUUUAAAUCUUUCCUGGAGAAUAUGAAGACAGAUUUACUAAGGAGUUUGAAUUUGUCAAGAGUCCCCUCACAAGUGAAGACCAAAGAAGAACCACCACAGUUCAUGAUUGAUUUAUACAACAGAUAUGCUGCAGACAAGUCCUCCAUCCCUGCAUCCAAUAUUGUAAGGAGCUUCAGUACUGAAGAUGUUGUUUCUUUAGCUUCACCAGAAGAAAAUCCAUUUCAGAAACACAUCUUGCUCUUCAACAUCUCUAUUCCACGAUAUGAGGAAAUCACCAGAGCUGAACUGAGAAUUUAUAUCUCCUGUCACAGGGAAGUUGGGUCUCUCUCUAGGCUGGAAGGCAACAUGGUCAUUUAUGAUGUUCUAGAUGGUGAUCACAGGGAAAACCCAGAAAGUACCAAAUCUUUCCUUGUCUCCCAUAAUAUCCAGGAAUGCGGUUGGGAGAUGUUUGAAGUGUCCAGCGCUGUGAAAAGAUGGGUCAGGGCAGACAAACUGAAGACUAAAAACAAGCUAGAGGUUGUUAUAGAGAGUAAGGCUCUGGGUGGUUUCACUUGUGGGAAGCUGGAUAUCAGUGUUACCUCUGACACUAAAAAUCUGCCCCUGUUAAUAGUGUUCUCCAAUGACCGCAGCAAUGGGACAAAAGAGACCAAAGUGGAGCUCCGGGAGAUGAUUGUUCAUGAACAAGAAAGUGUGAUAAAGAAAUUAGGAAAGAACAACACUUCGUCUGAAGAGGAAGAACAGGGAGAGGAAAAGGCCAUCACUGGGCCCCACCAGCAUUCCUCCAGAAGCAAGAGAAGCAUCGGAGCCAACCACUGCCGGAGAACUUCCCUCCACGUGAACUUUGAAGAGAUUGGCUGGGAUUCCUGGAUCAUUGCACCAAAAGAUUAUGAGGCUUUUGAGUGUAAAGGAGGUUGCUUCUUCCCUCUGACAGAUAACGUUACCCCAACAAAACAUGCUAUUGUCCAAACUCUGGUGCAUCUCCAAAACCCAAAGAAAGCUUCCAAGGCCUGUUGUGUUCCAACAAAAUUGGAUUCAAUCUCCAUUCUGUAUAAGGAUGAUGCUGGUGUGCCCACUCUGAUAUAUAACUAUGAAGGGAUGAAAGUGGCAGAGUGUGGCUGCAGGUAGUAUACAAGGCAGAAUCUCUAAGAAUCCCCUUCUUCUGCUCUGUGUAAAUCUGUACAUUAGUGAUGCAAAUGAAAAUCCUUGCAAACAAGGUUUGGAGCACGGUGUGGGGCUGGUUGUUGUUGCUGCUGCUUGUUUUAAAGGAAAACUGGCAUUUAAAGAAUGGCAAUCAUUGUAAAUAGCCUGUAUUACAUAUCACAGCAAAGUGAAUACUGGAUUAAAAUAUUGUGAGAUUGAAUGAACUAUCCAUUAUUUGGCAACAGUGAUACAAUUUGAAUACCUUAUUUCAACUUUUUUGUUUAAUCGAUUCUGUUUAGGUCACAAGCUAAAGAAUUUUCAAUGGGGAUUUAGUAUGUCCUGUAAAUGUUUAAUAGGUAUUGAAAUCUAAUUCUCUCAGCCAACUCUGACAUUUUCAACUUCUGCAAAACUCAGUAAACGGAAUUUAGUCUGCAUGGUAAAGUCAGGAGUCUAAAUCCUGCAAGCCUUUUCUCAUAUCAGUAAUCUCAGAGGUUUUUACAUGCAAAUUAUUUACUCCUGUAAGUGAAGAUUUGCAGUAUUAAAAACAGAAGAGGCUCUCA